ACCACUCACUCCAGCAGCCUCUUCGUCUGCCCAGCGCCGUCGCGGGCGGCGCCUCUUUCUCCGUCCGUCCGUCCGCCCGCCGCGUCCCCGCCCCGGUGAGCCCAACGACGACGAGGGGGAUCGGCGAGGAAAGAUCGCCCGAGCACCUCGCAACGAAGGCUCCAGAAUGGUGGACUUGAUCAGCGACAGCGACGACGGAGAUGAGUUUGAUUGGGACAGCGACGGCGAUAGGGAGGCAAUGAGCUUAAAUGCUGCUGGUUCAUCAGCUCAGGCAUCGAGGAACCUCGAUGCUCCUGGUCCGUCCACGCUGGUGAGGCUGGAUUCUGAUGGGAAGGAAGACAGCGGGGCAGGGCCGUCUGCCUAUAUGCUUGAUUACUUUGUGGGGAUGGGUUUCUCCAAAGAUCUGGUCAUGAAGGCCAUGGUGGAAGCUGGUGAUCGUGGGGAGGAUUCAAUACUUGAUCUGCUUCUGAAAUAUAAGGAGGGAGGCUGCGCCCCAUUGGUGGAUGAUCACUCUUCUGGGUAUCUUCCUCAUAUUGUUGAUGACGAUGAUGAUAUUCUUGAAAACUGGGAUGAUGAUGAUGAUGCUGGUAAUAACCUCAACAAGGACCCUGACGCUGAUGACUCUGUUGUUGAGGAAUUUAUGCAAGAGAUGUCACAGAUGGACGAAAAGGUCAAGUCCUUAGUGAGCUUUGGUUUUCCAGAAAGUAAAGCCAAAAUGGCUAUUACUAGAUGUGGGCAGGAUGCAGAUAUAUUUGUUUUACUUGAUGCGAUCUGCGCUUCAGAGGUUGCUGGAGCUGGUCACUAUGAGAGUUAUGCAAACAAUGAGGACACAGGUUUGAAUUCCUACAGUUCCUUUGGAAGAAGAAAGCGGAUCAAGUUCAUGGAAGAGAAGAAGAGAAAGGGGCAGCGAUUUGGGGGUGGGGCACAAGGAAGUGGAGGGCCCAUAGAUGAUAGAAAUGAUGAGGUGAUGCCUCUCCCAAACCCAAUGAUUGGAUUUAACUUGCCAGGUGACAGGUCACGGUCAGUGGACAGACCCCUUCCCAAACAAGCUAUUGGACCACCUUUUUUCUAUUAUGAAAAUGUGGCCCUUGCUCCAAAAGGUGUCUGGCAAACUAUCUCAACUUUCUUGUAUGACAUCCAGCCUGAGUUUGUGGAUUCAAAAUUCUUUUGUGCUGCUGCAAGGAAAAGGGGUUACAUACAUAACCUGCCAAUUGAGAACAGGUCGCCUCUCAUUCCCUUACCCCCAAAGAUAAUACAUGAUGCCUUUCCUCGUACCAAGCAGUGGUGGCCCUCAUGGGACACAAGGAGGCAAUUUAACUGCCUCCAGACGGUUGUAUCUAGUGCAAAACUGACAGAACGGAUUCGUUGUGAACUUGCAAACAGUGAAGAUCCUCCAUGCCCAAGAGUUCAGAAAAAUGUCCUGGAACAGUGUAGGAAGUGGAACCUCGUUUGGGUUGGUCGGAACAAGGUCGCUCCUCUUGAGCCUGAUGAGGUAGAAUUCCUACUUGGUUUUCCCAAGGACCACACCAGGGGAAUCAGCAGGACCGAUAGAUAUAGAUCCCUAGGUAAUUCAUUUCAAGUGGACACGGUUGCUUACCAUCUCUCAGUACUAAAGCCCAUAUUUCCAAAUGGCAUGAACGUGCUCUCAUUGUUCUCUGGCAUUGGAGGAGCAGAGGUAGCUCUGCACAGGCUUGGGAUCCGCAUGAAGACGGUGGUCUCUGUUGAGAAAUCUGAAGUAAACAGGACUGUCUUGAAGACCUGGUGGGAGCAAACCCAAUCAGGAACUUUGAUUGAGGUUACUGAUGUCCAGAAUCUAACUUCUGAUUGGCUUGAGUCAACUAUGAGAAGAAUAGGUGGGUUUGACUUGGUAAUUGGUGGUAGCCCAUGCAACAAUCUUGCUGGGAGCAAUCGCCACCACCGCAAUGGCUUAGAGGGUGAGCACUCUUGCUUGUUCUACCAUUAUGUCAGAAUCUUGGAUUGUGUGAAGUCAGUCAUGAAGAGGAUGUAGUUCAAAAAAAAAAAGUCAUGAAGAGGAUGUGGUCUUAAGUUACUGUUGUACAGAAACAGAAGUGCAUGCAGCAGCACAGCACCAUUUUGGAUAUGGGAGACUAAAUUUGCUCAACCCGAGAAAGUUGAGUUCUAUAUAUUGUAGAAUACUGCAUUGCUGUGGAUCAAGUUUCCUCCCAGCAACAGGUUACGUUGUAGUGCAUUUCUGGGAGUACUCAAGGCCAUGGAAGAUUUUACUUUUUUGUCUUUUGCUUUCUAUUGGUACAUGGCCGCUUGUUAGCAACCAGAGUCCAUAAUGCUUUGUAGUGGCUUUAAAGCUCUAUUUACCUGCUACAUGUACAAAGGCGACCUGCAUUGCUGUGGUUUCAGGAAACAGAAUAGUUUUCUGUGCAGAUCGCUGACAAAGAUUCAGAUUUUCUGACAGCUACUCCAAUAUGCAUGCAUGUGGAGGUGA